AGAGACUUUACGUCAGUUCGACAAGAAUGAUAAUUUUCAACCCUACUUUCUUGUUACUUACCAUUCUAGUGAUUCUCUCUGCUGUAGACGUUGGGUUCGGAGACUAUUUUGAUGAUAUUAAAAACGAUCAUUGGCUUAUUGCAUUGGGGCGAAUCUAUUACUACAACACAGCAAGUCAAGUCGAUCUAUUUUCUUGCGCGUUCGUCCCGCGCACUUGUUCUUCUCUGUGGUCCAUACGCCGUCAUUUUGGCUCCAAUGAGAUAGUUGGGGAGCAGAGUGAAGAAGAAACGAACAACUUUGGAGAAUUGUUGAAGAUUCGAACUGUUUCUGUUAUCGGACGUGCUUCACGUGAAGACCAGGGAAUGAAAUUGCGCAUGAGCGUCGAGGCAGACCGAAUGCCUGAUAUGGGAUUUGAACCCGAAGCGCAAAGGUUUGUAGAGUUGCUGUCAUUAGAUUUCUCUAUUCUUUAUCAAGCGCAAAGUACUGAGCAUGAAGAAGCUCUGAUCAAUAACUUUCCGACAAAGGAGAAAUAUCGCCAGACUGUGUUCACUGCCACGAUGUCACCUGCUGUCGAGCGAUUAGCUCGUGCUUAUUUAUGGCGUCCUGCAGUGAUUUACAUCUGA